UACACGAAUCGCCAAGUCGAGAUGGAUCCCGUAUAAUGCCAGAUCUCGCUGUCCAACCACAUCCUCUUUUUGUUCCACCACCACCAGUCCCACACCCUGGCCCCCCUCCGAGUGAUACGAGGGGAAAUCCUUAUUCGAGAAUAAUGGUUGAAGUAGCCGUGGGCCAAACCUCCUCCGACUUAAAAGAAAAGUGCAGGAAAUGGAAGCGAGAGCCGUAUGUACGAGCCAUACUCGGCAUCAAGCUUUACGAAAUAAAGAAUACACGCAAUGCUCAAGGAUACAGAGAUCGGGCCAUGAAGGCUAUUCUUUGGCGACAAGGGGCGCGAAGGCAAACGUGGAAAUUUGGGACCAUCAACAAAGACGGAUCUGCUACUGGCGUUAAUGGUUGUAAUGCCCUAAACAACCCGGACUAUAUAAUCAACAUCCCCGUUAGCGACGCGUUUUACGAUCCGCCGGUUCCUGCCAUUGGAUAUGUUCCGUUAGCACCACCACCUGCUAUAUUGAUGGCUACUAAUAUUACCAUUGACUUGUAUGAAGUUCAGCAAGCAGUUUUGCUUGUCCAGUCAAAGUGA